AUGGACCUGUUCUCCGCCGCCUGCGAGAACAUCGGUCUGGUCAUCAACACGCAGAAGACGGUGGUGAUGCACCAACCUCCGCCCUACUCCGCCACACCCCACAACGCGCCGACGCAAAUCAGCGUGAACGGAACCCAACUGCAAGUGGUGGAGAAAUUCCCGUACCUGCGUAGUACUCUCUCCCGCAACACCCAGAUCGACGACGAAGUCGCCAACAGGAUCUCGAAAGCCAGUCAAGCCUUCGGUCGCAUCCAAAGCACAGUUUGUAAUCGUCAUGGACUCCAAUUGCGCACGAAGCUGAAGAUCAACAAGGCGGUCAUCCUGCUGACCUGCUAUAUAGCGCGGAGUCCUGGACGGUGUACACAAAGCAGGCACGUCGUCUGAACCACUUGCAACUCAGUUGUCUGCGUCGCAUCCUGAGGCUGAUUUGGCAGGAUCGCAUCCCCGACACUGAUGUGCUGGAAUGGACCGGAAUCCUCAGCAUCUACACCAUGCUGAGACAAAUACAACUGCGUUGGAGCGGCCAUCUGGUGCGCAUGGACGACGAGCGACUAAAAAAACAACUCUUCUACGGAGACGUCGUGACGGGUUCUCGCCGCCAAGAAGGCCAAAUUUUUCGACAAAUGAAUACUCUGAAUUCCUACCUGAAGCGUGUUCAAGUUAACCCGACACACUGGGAUGACCUGUCCCAAAACCGACCUAAAUGGUUCAGGACAUUUAAGACAGGUGCUGCGGUCUAUGAAGCCAACCGCAUCGCUGCCGCCGAAAUGAAGCGUAAAGCACGCAAAUCAAGUCUGCGCAGACGCACAACCGCCUCCAACGUGUCCUGGAUGUCAACGGACAAUCCGCGCACGAAGUAUACUUAUUGUACACCUCCGGUUAAACUGCACCUCUCGGACCGCGCCAAGCAUCUUUCAACCCCCCCCCCUCUUCCUCGUCCUCUCCGCGUCCAACUAACUCUGACAGCUCUUCUGAACCGUCAAUUUCAUCCUCCUAAUCCUCCUCCUAAUUCUCCUCCUACUCCUUAUCUUCCCAUCUUCUUCUUCCUCUUCCUCCUCCUCCUCCUCCUCCUCCUCCUUCUCCUUCUCCUCCUCCUCCUCCUCCUCCUCCUCUUCCACUGCCCCAUCGACGACUGCUCAGGCGGUCGUCAGGUACAUAAACAACCCUGAUACUACAACCGACACCACAUCCCAUGCCCCUUUAUAUUUUUAACUUAAUGAAGGAGUAUAAUAAGGUUUUAAAGAAGUUUUCUUAUUGCCGAAAAAUUUGGAUACAACAACCGACACCACAUCCCCUGCCUCCGACUCCAUCGAACAGGAUCAGGUCUGCACCUGUCCUCACUGCGACCGCACCUUCACCUCACACUUCGGUCACUUGCGAGUCUACCUCUCAGAGGCUCUCGUCUCAGUGCCUGGAGCACCAACCUACACCCACCGCACACGCCUCCCCUCUCAAAACGGUUCUCGCACCUUCCGGCAUCGCAUGGGUCUAUUCGAUCACAUGCGCAUUCACGAGAGCAGAAUUGGCCGCAUUCUCGACACACCUACACCGCCGAGCCCCACUCCCAAUUCAUCGCCUAUUGCACCCACCAACCUCUCCGCAACCGACGUCUAUGCCACCGACUUUACCACACCUCGUUCCUCCUCUUCCUACUACUCUUCCUUCUUCGCUGACACAACGACGUAUGUCGCGUACGACAACGGAUUUUAG